AUAGCAAAAUAUGAUGAGAGAAAGAGAGAACCCUAACAGAGGACACAAUCCCCUCCCAAACACGACGGCGAGACGCAGAGGUCGGAAGCGAGUGAGUGCUUCUGAACUCUGAAAUCUGAACUCUGAAGUUUGAAGAAACGAAAGAGCAUUGAGAUUGUGGAAAUAUGAGGCCAAUAUUGAUGAAAGGUCACGAGAGGCCACUGACCUUCCUCAAAUACAACAGGGACGGCGAUCUCCUCUUCUCCUGCGCCAAGGACCACAACCCCACCCUCUGGUUUUCCGACAACGGCGAACGCUUGGGCACUUUUCGCGGCCACAACGGCGCCGUUUGGUCUUGCGACGUCUCAAGAGAUUCGACUCGACUCAUCACGGGAAGUGCAGACCAGAGCGCCAAACUAUGGAGCGUCCAAACUGGGCAUCAAUUGUACAGCUUCAAUUUCGAUUCUCCCGCCAGGUCCGUUGAUUUCUCCGUCGGCGAUAAGCUCGCCGUUAUCACCACUGAUCCCUUUAUGGAAUUGCCCUCUGCAAUCCAUGUCAAACGCAUUGCUAACGAUCCAACCCAACAGACCGGGGAAUCUGUGCUUCUCAUUAAGGGUCCUCAGGGAAGGAUAAAUAGAGCCAUUUGGGGACCCCUCAACACCACCAUUAUCAGUGCCGGCGAAGAUGCUGUUAUUCGUAUUUGGGAUUCUGAGACGGGAAAACUGCUCAAAGAGUCUGACAGGGAAUCUGGCCAUAAAAAGACUGUAACUUCACUUGCUAAGUCUGCAGACGGUUCACAUUUUCUUACUGGGUCCCUUGAUAAGUCUGCUAGACUUUGGGAUACGAGGUCAUUGACUCUUAUCAAGACCUAUGUCACAGAACGCCCAGUCAAUGCAGUUGCAAUGUCACCUCUUCUUGAUCAUGUAGUAAUUGGAGGUGGUCAGGACGCAUCAGCUGUUACAACUACCGAUCAUCGUGCUGGAAAAUUUGAAGCCAAAUUCUUUGAUAAGAUUCUUCAAGAAGAAAUUGGGGGUGUGAAAGGGCAUUUUGGACCAAUUAACGCAUUGGCUUUUAAUCCUGAUGGGAAAAGUUUUUCAAGUGGAGGUGAAGAUGGUUAUGUACGGUUGCACCACUUCGACCCAGAUUAUUUCAACAUCAAAUUAUAGUGCUCGAUGUUUUUGUGGUUAAAAUUAGAUGGUUCCUGGAAGUUAGCUCUUAAUUUUAGUUAACUUUUUUUUUUCUAACGCUGCUCCCUAUAUUGGUACAAGCAUGGAAGAAAUUAAUGAAAGUAAAUGCAAAGUGUGAAAUGCAAAGUCCUUAUACCAAAAGAGUCGAGGAAAUGGACUAAGACCGGGAAAGACCUAAAGCACUUGUGUUCUUUGUAUGGAUUGUAGGAGGAAGAAUAGUUCGUUUUCUAUGCUGACAAGUUAUUGAGAAAGUGUCAGUUUUUUUAACACUUUUCCUUUUGUUAAGUACAAUGAAUAGUUAGUUUAUGCA